AAUAAACGACAAUGUCUACUUUUCUUUCUUCCUUAACCCCCGGCCUACCUUGGUACCCGUAACCUUAUAUGCCUGACGUCUCGUCCCAGCACAAACACGACUAACGUUAGCUUACCUUCCCGUUAACCGGGAAGCAAGCAAGCAACACAAUAGCAAGUGGAGCAUGGCGGGGACCGCGAUGAACAAAUUGAUAAUGAUAAACAAACUUUAUAUGCAUUUGCAUUUGAAAGAAAAGAAGAAGAAAAUGUUUCAAUAAAUCCACGUCGAUUGCUUCUGGUUCUUUCGAUUGGGUUCUGGGAAUUGAUUGAUUUGUUUAGUUCAUUGAUUGAUUGAUUGCAGAGCGGAGCAUUCAGAGCUGAAUUCCUAGUAUAAAUAUCUGGGUAUCUAAAGUCUGAUCUGGUCGUCACAUUCAAUUCAAUCGGAUUGGAUUUGAUGCGGUUGAGAUUGAGAUACUGCUACUGCUACUGUUACUGCUACUGCUACUGGAAGUAAAGAAGGAACGAACGAUCAAUAUCGAUAUCAAGGAGACAAUCAAUAAGCUUCUUAUUGAAGAGAAAGAAAGGAUAUUAUUAUUUUACUCUACUUUAUUUCAUUCUCGGGGAUUUUGCCAUAAAAAAACAAAAAACACACACACAAAGAAUCAGAGCGAGUUCUUCACCCUAUAAAGAACCUUUAGGAAACUCGACAAGCAAAAAAACCCCGAACUCUCCUAUUUUACUCGCUCAGUCUCAGUCUCAGUCUCACCUCACAAGAUGGAUAUUCUGGCGCUCAUGCAGGCGAAUCCUGUUGUAAAUGACAUCUACCAGCACCUGUCUCCCUACCUCAUGCAAGCCUACCCGUAUCUCCUCCGCGCCUACCCGCUCCUCCAAACCAUCUACACUUCCCUCCUCCGCCCCCUCUACCUCUUCACCGUCACAAACCUCAUGCCACUACUCCUCCCCCUCCUGGAAGCCUCUCUCAAAGUCGCGAGUCAAAGUCCCGGAAUCGCUGUCGUGGUCGGUGUUUUGGUAAUUAUCUGGUUUAUAUUCUUCCUGAUGAGUUUGAUGCGUAGGAUGGUGGCGUGGGGAAUGCGCCUGGUGUUUGGAUUGGUGUUUUGGGGGGUGCUUGGGGGAGUGGGGAUGGUGGUUUUGCAGAGAGGGGUGGGGAGGACGGGGACGGAGUUGGUGGAGGGGGGGAGGUGGUUGUUGGAUGCUUUUUGGGAAGAGUAUUUGAAGGCGAGGAGGGAGCAAGAGAUGAGGAGGUAG